UAGAAUGUCCGUGGUAUCAGAGAGAAAGAUGAGAGCUCACCAGGUGUUUGCCUUCCUCCUCCUCUUCGUGAUCGCCUCGGUGGCCUCCGAAAACGCCAGCACAUCCCGGGGCUGCGGGCUGGACCUCCUUCCUCAGUACGUGUCCCUGUGCGACCUGGACGCCAUCUGGGGCAUCGUGGUGGAGGCAGUGGCCGGGGCGGGCGCCCUGAUCACGCUGCUCCUGAUGCUCAUCCUCCUGGUGCGGCUGCCGUUCAUCAAGGACAAGGAGAAGAAGAGUCCCGUGGGCCUCCACUUCCUCUUCCUCCUGGGGACUCUGGGCCUCUUCGGGCUGACGUUCGCCUUCAUCAUCCAGGAGGAUGAGACUAUCUGCUCAGUGCGCCGCUUCCUCUGGGGCGUCCUCUUCGCGCUGUGCUUCUCCUGCCUGCUCAGCCAGGCGUGGCGUGUGCGGAGGCUGGUGCGCCAUGGCACGGGCCCGGCCGGCUGGCAGCUUGUGGGCCUGGCACUGUGCCUGAUGCUGGUUCAGGUCAUCAUCGCCGUGGAGUGGCUGGUGCUGACCGUGCUGCGUGACACCAGGCCAGCCUGCGCCUACGAGCCCAUGGACUUCGUGAUGGCCCUCAUCUACGACAUGGUGCUGCUGGUGGUCGCCCUGGGGCUGGCCCUCUUCACGCUGUGCGGCAAGUUCAAGAGGUGGAAGCUGAAUGGGGCCUUCCUCCUCAUCACCGCCUUCCUCUCCGUGCUCAUCUGGGUGGCCUGGAUGACCAUGUACCUCUUUGGCAACGUCAAGCUGCAACAGGGAGACGCCUGGGACGACCCCACCCUGGCCAUCACGCUGGCGGCCAGUGGUUGGGUCUUCGUCGUCUUCCAUGCCAUCCCUGAGAUCCACUGCACCCUGCUCCCGGCCCUGCAGGAAAACACGCCCAACUACUUCGACACGUCACAGCCGAGGAUGCGGGAGACGGCUUUCGAGGAGGACGUGCAGCUGCCGCGGGCCUACAUGGAGAACAAGGCCUUCUCCAUGGAUGAACAUAACGCAGCUCUCCGAACAGCAGGAUUUCCCAACGGCAGCUUGGGAAAGAGGCCCAGCGGCAGCUUGGGGAAAAGACCCAGCGCCCCGUUUAGAAGCAACGUGUAUCAGCCAACCGAGAUGGCCGUCGUGCUCAACGGUGGGACUGAAAUGGCUGCUCACCCCCGCUCUCUGGAGUCCUUUGGAGCUUUCUGAUCCCAUGUACACGAUGGAGCAAUCCACACGAUCGUUUUCUAAGUUCUUUGUUGUCCAAGCAUAUAAGGUGAGCACAGCAUAAAUGGCUACCCGGGAAAGCAGUGUUUCCCUACCAUAAAAAGGAACAAUCUUUGAGCCAAGGGGAAAGCUCACUUAAUGAGUUCCCCAUCUUUUUUUUUCUUUUUACAUCUGAUAUUGUUGUUGCGCUUCUGGGUUUUAUUUUGGCUUGAGAGUGGGCUGAAUGCCCUCAGGAUGGGGGCAGAGGCUGGGGUGAGGGGUGAAGGGUGAAAGCUGUUCUUUUUCUAAUGACUUCACCUGAGAAGUACCAAGAGGCAUCUUUACCAAGAGACUGCAACAGCACCCGGCUGACCCCACGGAGCAAGGUUUUAAAGACAAAACUAAAAAGCACCUCUGUUUAGAAUCUAUUUGAUGUAAACAAGACUUGUUUGGGGAAAAUGACCUGGAAGGAAAGCAUCUGUGAUCAAAAUCCCUCAUUGUAAGCACAAAUCGUUCCAUGUCUGGUUACUAAAAUCGCCUUGGGACUAUAACAGCCACUCUUGCCGCCCCCCCCCCCCUUUUAAUAGAAAAUUGUUCUAUCCUGGAUUUCUCUCUGGAAAUCGAGGGUGGGGAGAGGGAUUCAGCUCUUACAACUUGCAAACUGGGAAGUUCUGUGCGUCUCAAGGGUUUCCAGGACUGAAGAUCCGGUUGUUGGAAGCUGGGUGCCCAGUGCUUUUUUUUAAAGCCCAGAUGCCGUCAGGGCCCACUGAACAAGUGUGAACUGGGGGCGGUGUUCUUGGUUGGCCAAGGCUGAGUUGAACGUCUCAGGCUGAACCCCAAACUGAAAGGGAGCAUUGUGGCUUUUAUAAUCCAAUGAUGCAAUGAUUAUACCAGCUUACAGGAGUUCUCAGCAGGUGCUUUUUAUUAAUUGAUAAAGAGCUAAGGCUCAUUUUUGAUAGAUAAUAUAUAUUUAUUAAAUGCAUUAAUGUGUGUUUUAUAAUGUACCUUUAUCUUCCCCUGGCUGACUAUCGCAUACUUAUUAAAAAAAAAUCGUUAAAGAAAUUUUAAGACAAUCAAUGUGUACCAUAAAUGACUAUAUAAAUAUUACAGAUUUAAAAGGUUGUAAAGCAUGGGCAGAUAGGUUUUAUUUUCAAAAUGCUGUUCUUAACACAAAAAUAAAGGCUUUACUAUUUACUUAA